AUGCCGGCGCCCUGCCGCGCGCUCCUGGGUGGCCGUGCCGCCACCGCCGCGGCCACGCCGAGCCCUGCGCCCCAGACCGCCCGCCUUUCCAACGGCCUGCUUGUGCGCUGCGUGAGCAAGCGGGACGUGGCCUUCCUGGAUCAAGAGAUCUACCAGCGGCACGGUUCGGGCGGCUGUGUGUACCUGCGGCACGGCAUCCAGCUGCCGCCCGGUGGCGUGGUGCUCGACGUCGGCGCCAACAUCGGCCUCUUCAGCCUGCGGGCUGCGCAGGAGCUGGGGCCUGGGGGCCUGGUCAUCUCCUGUGAGCCCAUGCCUGCCACCUUUGACUGCCUGGCACACAACGUGGCCGCCCACCGGAGCUGGUGGCGGCGGCAGCGGCAAGGCCCGGCCGCGCGCGGCGACGCGGGGGCCGCCCCCAUCCUUGCGCUCAACGUGGGUGUGGGCAGCGGGCAGCAGCCCAGCGCCACCUUCACCUUCUACCCGCGCGCCGCGGGCUGGAGCAGCAUGCGGCCGGCGGAGGGGGAUGUGGAAGCCGACAUGGGAGCCUUUCUGGACCAGGCACUGAGCUCCCGCGGCGCCUCCACGGCGGCAGGCCUGGACCCAACCACCGCCGCCCUGGGCCGCUGGCUGCGCUCCGCGGCGCCGCGCUGGGCGUACGCCGCCGCCUGGCGCCUCGCCGUGGCACGUAUGCUGAGCGGCGCGCAGCGGCUGGCGUGCCCGCUGGUCAGCGUGUCGCAGCUCAUCCGGCAGCACCGGCUGGCCGCCGUGGACCUGCUCAAGGUGGAUGUGGAGCGGGCAGAGCUGGAGGUGCUGCGGGGCGUGGAAGGCUGCCACUGGCCGCUGGUGCGGCAGGCGGCGCUGGAGGUGCAUGCUGCGGAUCUGGAGGAGGUGGUGGCCCUCCUGCGCCGCCAGGCCCGCUUCAGCAGCGUGGUGGUGGAGCAGGAGGCGGCACUGGCGGGCACCUCGCUGCACGCCGUCUACUGCCGGCGGUGA